AUGUCGUCGUCGAUCGCCAUCCCGGCUGGCCCGGCCUCAACUUAUGAUCGCCUCGAUGUUCUUCGCACUCCUAAGGUGUCCAGCUCGUCGUCUUCCUCGUACUGCGGCUCCCCCUUCACGCCUCCGACCGCGAAGUCGUCGUCGCCGUCAUCGUCAUCGUCUGCACAGAAGCAGAAAGCGGUGCAUCAGCGCCGCCCGAGCCUGUUGAGUUCUGCCAUUUCCAAGGAAGAAGCCACCGUGAUCAACAUCGGGGACCCUGAGGGCCCGCCUAGGCUGAUCUCCUACCUUUCUUCCAGCCAGGGCUUCACUUGGAAUCCGGAAAUCUUCCUGCCUUCCUACAUCGACUACGAUUAUACCCCUCUUGAGAACAAGCGAGAGCCUGUGCAUGAGAUCACCCUGAGCGACGAGGAGAUCAAGAACAUGUUCCCGAACUGA